GCGCUGGGCCAGCCAAGUUGGAGCGCGCCCCGCCCGGCGCCCUCCCCGUCCCCGCGCCCUCGCGGCCGGGGCGCGCCACCCGCAGCUCCACGCGCGCCGGGGCCGCACUGGGGAGGGCGCGCGGCCGGGCGGCGACCGGAGAAGAGCUCGGGGUGGCGGAGGUGAUGACGGCGGCGGCAUGGAGUUCCCCGAGCACGGCGGACGGCUGCUGGGCCGCCUGAGGCAGCAGCGCGAGCUGGGCUUCCUGUGCGAUUGCACCGUGCUGGUGGGCGACGCGCGCUUCCCGGCCCACCGUGCCGUGCUGGCCGCGUGCAGCGUCUACUUCCAUCUCUUCUACAGGGAUCGGCCCGCGGGCAGUCGCGACACGGUGCGGCUUAACGGCGACAUCGUCACGGCGCCCGCCUUCGGCCGCCUACUGGACUUCAUGUACGAGGGCCGCCUGGACCUGCGCAGCCUGCCUGUCGAGGACGUCCUGGCGGCCGCCAGCUACCUGCACAUGUAUGACAUCGUCAAGGUCUGCAAGGGCAGGCUCCGGGAGAAGGACCGAAGGCUGGACCCGGGGAACCCUGCCCCUGGGGCAGAGCGUGCUCAGCCACCGUGCACCUGGCCUGUCUGGACCACUGACCUCUGCCCAGCUGCCCAGAAGGCCAAGCUCCCCCCAUUUGGGGUCAAGGCUGCCCUCCCUCCUCGAGCAUCUGGGCCUCCUUCCUGCCAGGUCCCAGAAGAGUCAGACCAGGCCCUGGACCUGUCACUGAAGCCUGGCCCAAGGCAGGAGCGGGUCCACCCACCCUGCAUCUUCCCGGCACCCCUCUGCGGCCGGAUGCAACCAGGGGUCCAGCCACUGGUGAAGGAUGAGCGGGACUCACUGUCUGAACAGGAAGACAGGAGCAGCUCUAGGAGCCCCCACAGCCCCCCGAAGCCACCUCCUGUUCCUGCAGCCAAGGACCUGGUGGUGGGCUUGCGGCCGCUACCUGUCAGCGGGGAGGGCAGCCGGGAGCUGGAGCUGGAGCUGGAGCUGCAUGCAGGGCGGGUGGCAAGUGAGGACGAGCUGGGGCCUGGCGGGCCCCUCUGCAUCUGCCCGCUGUGCAGCAAGCUGUUCCCCAGCUCCCACACGCUGCAGCUGCACCUCAGCGCCCACUUCCGUGAGCGGGACAGCACACGAACCCGGCUCUCCCCGGACGGCACGGCACCCACCUGCCCGCUCUGCGGGAAGACCUUCUCGUGCACAUACACGCUGAAGAGGCAUGAGCGGACACACUCGGGUGAGAAGCCCUACACGUGUGUGCAGUGUGGCAAAAGUUUUCAGUAUUCCCACAACCUGAGCCGGCACGCCGUGGUGCACACUCGCGAGAAGCCGCAUGCCUGCCGGUGGUGUGAGCGCCGGUUCACGCAGUCUGGGGACCUGUACCGCCACGUCCGCAAGUUUCACUGUGGCUUCAUCAAGUCCCUUCUGGUGUGAUGCCUCCCUGCGGAUCCUGAGGGUGCGGUGGAAGGGAAGGGAUGGGGCCCUCCCAGGUGGGACAACAGCAUGGGGUGUGAAGCCUGGCCAGGUGGAAGUCCCAGCUCAGGCUGGAUGGCUCAACCCGCCUGGCAGAGAGCAUGCUGCCACCUCCUGGAACUUGGCCUUAGACUCGGGUGACUUGGGCAGCCCUCCUCCCACCUUGCCUGUCCUUCGCCCUCACUGCCCAGCUCAUUCCAGCCCCCAGGCUUCCUCUCCCGUCCCCUCCAGCCAAGUUCUGUGGGGUGUCCAGCCAGCACAUGGCCCUGCCCUGGUUUCUCCGUGUGAGAUGACACAUCCACCUCCCAUCUGGGACUUUCCUGAUCACCUCUCUGGCAGGCUUCGGGAGGUCUUCUUGAGCCUGGCCCCUCACUAGGUGAAUUAUUCACAUGUCAGAAAAGUUGGUGUGUGUCCUGAUGGGGUGCUGGGAGGAAACAGGACACUCCUGGGGGGCAGCAGCAGGAACCCCUGCCAGGAAGGCCUGGGGCACACUGAGUGCCAGCAGGGGCCAUCUGGGCACAGCUGGUGUCUGGGGGGUGGGGUGCAGCCCCAGCAGGGAUCCUAAGGCAGCAGGGGUAGCCAGCUAGAAGCUGAGUGGCUUUGGCGUCAUUAUCUCUCGGGUGGGACGUGAGUCCAUGGGAGCGUGCAGUCAUGACUAUGCUGUAACUUUGGUCAGAGAGUGGGAAUUUGGAACUGGAUUCUUUUUGCUUUUUCUUUCCUCCU